UAGAUGUUUUUUAAUUAAAAAUUAAAUUGUGAUUAAACCAGGUAGCGCAGGCCGUGAACAAGUAGUGCAGCAAGUGGGUCGUCAUGUUUGCCAAUCUGAAGAAUAAGCUGAUCGAGGAGGUGAAAGCGUCACCAUCCAAAUUCCAACAAUUCGCGACUGCUGCACAGGCGGCCGUGAGCUCAUCGACGAACACAACACCAAACAGCUCGGAUACCAACACCAGCAGCGGCACCAAUGAGAACUUUUUCAGCAUCACGGAGGAGGACACGCCUCAGAACUCGCCGUACCGCAUACAAAAGCUGCCAGCGACGAGCGCUUCUUCGCUGAGGGGACGUUCCUCCACACAAUCGCUCAAUGGAUUGGGCGGCGGAGCCAUACCAAGGAGCCGCAAGCUGUCCAACUCAUCCAUGGCCAGCGAUGUGUCCUUUCGCCUGCCCUCCUACGAUGCCCCAGCCGUCUAUCACUUGCAAUCGGAUCUGGAUGAGACGAGCAGCGAGUUUGAUGACUCUGCUUCGACGGCACGCCUGGAUGUAAUCACCAAGGAUCAGCUGUACGAUGCGUACAAGAAGUCCCUCGAUCGCUACCACAAGUAUCGCUGCCGCUACACGGAUCUGGCCAAAAAGUACAAGGAAUUGGAGCGUGACAGCACCAAGGCAAGGUCGGUGCUGGUGGAGACACAAGACAAGGCGCUGCGUAGGAUCAGCGAACUGCGUGAGCAAUGCACACUGGAACAGCAGGCCAAGGCGCAUCUGGAGGAGGCACUACGGAUCGAAAUGGAUGACAUGAGCUGCAAGAUGCAGGCCUACCAGACCAAGCUCAAGCUGCUCGGCGAGAAUCCGGAAAAUAUUUCGGCUGCCCUAGAGCGGGUCAGUCAAGGUAUAGACAGCGACAAGCUGAUUGAUCUGGAGGAAUCAGGAGCUAGGUCCCAGCCUCCCGCGAAUGGCAGUUCGACUGAGGACUUGUCCCAUCUGCAGCAGUUGCUGGAGGAGCGGCAAGUGCAGCUUCGAGAGAUGACGGAGAAAUACGCAGCUCUGCAAAAACAGGAGGAGGAGAACGUCUUGCUCUUAGCCCAGACCAAGCAGGCCAUUCACACAGAGCUGGAGCACAAGGAUAUCGAGGUGCGGCAGCUGCAGGAGAAGCUGAAGCAAUACGAGUCCACGCGCGAGUCUCAGACCAGCGACGUCAAAGAUCAGCUAAAGAAGUUGCUGGAACUAAAACAGGAAUGCGAUGCGAAGCUCAUUGCCACAGAACAUCUUUUGAGCACCCUCAGAGGGGAGCAUACAGCCAAGGAGCAACAGGUGGUAGCCCUCGAAAAGCAGCUGGAGGCUCUCAAAGAGGAGGGUGAAACAAAACUGAACGAAUUACGCCAGCACAGUGAGGACCGUGGCUCCGAAGAGCUGAAGAAACUACAGGUGGCUAAAGACACUGCAGAAGCUCAGCUCUCGUCCACGGAUGAGCUAUUGAAGUCCUUGAAGUUGCAACACACGGCAAAGGAGGAACGGGUGGUCGUACUAGAGAAGCAACUGGAAACUCUAAAAGCGGAAAGCGAAAGUAAACUGAACGAAUUGCGGCAGCAGAGCCAGGAGCGUGGCUCCGAGCAACUGAAGAAUCUACAGGUUGCCAAAGAAACUGCAGAAGCUAAACUCUUGUUCACGGAGGGGCUACUAAAUACCCUAAAGAUGCAGCAAUCUGCAAAGGAAGACCAGGUGGUCGCCAUAGAGAGGCAACUGGAAACUCUCAAAGUAGAAAGCGAUCAGACCCUGCAAAAACUACAACAUGAGAACAAGGAUCUCGAGUCCGAAAGUAAAGCUGCCCAGGACCAACUACAAGAACUACAAUUGGCCAGAGGGGAAGCAGAGGCGAGUCUCUUUAGCACCGAACAACUAUUGAUCUCCCUGAGAGGCGAAUUAUCAGCCAAAAACGAGCAGGUUGGGGCAUUGGAGAAGGAAGUGCACGCGCUCAGAACAGACAGUGAGCAGAGUCUGCAGGACCUGCGGCAGCACAACGAUCAGUUGCUCGAAAUUGUCCAGCGUUCCCAGCAGAUGGACUUUGAGGGUCAACUGAAGCAGACCAAAGAUAAUUUGGCUGCGCUUGAAGGGCAGCUGGCGGAGCGCGAGCAGCAAAUCUUGGAGCUCGAAAAGAGCCUGGAGAUCGAGCGAGAGUCUCUGGCCGCACUGAGCACCGAAAAGACAUCUCUAGAAGAGCAGCACAAGCUGCGAUUGGAGCAGCUGCAGCGUGAAAUCCAAAUGCUUCAGGAUCAGCAUGAAAGCACAGAGAGUGAAACGAUAGCAGCACUGAAAGCGCAGCUCGAAACACUCAACCAGGAGCUGGCCGGCAGUCGGGCGAGUCUCCUGGCCAAGGAGAAGGAACUGAAGGCCUCUGGAAAUAAGAUGAACAAGCUGAAAAAGCAGCACGAUCAACAACAAGCCAAGACAAGCGAACAAUCAGUCCACGUAGAGCAGCUUCAAAAAGAGAUCGCGGAGAGCCAGAGUCUCGCCAGGCAGGUGGAGAGCGAGAAGGAGGAGCUGCAGACACGCGUAAGCUCUAUCCUGGAGGAAAUCACCAGCAUGCAGGCGCACUUGCAGCAAGUGCAGGACUCGCAUAGCCAACUGGAGGGCGAGAACCGCAAACUGGAGUCCCGCAUCGAGGCUCUGCAGGGUGAGCAGCAGAGCAACAGUGCGCAGGACGAGCGCGCCACUGCCAAGAUAGAUGAAAUUCAGAGUGAAAACACCAAGCUGUCUGAGCGCAACUGUCUGCUGGAGGAGCAGGCGAAUCACCUACAGCUGCAGUUGCAGGCGAAACAGGACGAACUGUCAAAGGUUCAGGCGAAGAUGCAGCAGGUGCUCGACGAACACUCGAAACUGCAGAAUGCACAGGAGCUAAUGGAUCACGACUAUCGCACGCUGCAGGACAAGUGCGAUGCCUACGAAAAGGAGACGCUUCUGAACAAGGAUGCCCUGGAGUGCCUGCAGGCGGCCAGUGAAGAGCUGCAGCGGGUCAAGACCAAUCUGGAGAGAGAUCUGGCCGAGCAGCAGCAGCAUCUGUUAGAGCUGCGAGAGCGCCAACGCGAGCAUGAGCAGCAGGUGAAAGACCAGUCCGAACGCUGUACCGAACUGGAGGCCAGCCACCUGGAGAGCGAGUCCCAGCUGCAGGCGACCAUCCAAAAUCUUCGCCAGCAGAUCGAUGCGUUCAGGCUGACAGAGCAGGGCAUCCAAGAGAAAAUGCAGGCCACCAAUGUGGCCCAAGCCAGCCAGAUGGCCACGCUCGAGGCACGCUGGAGUGCAGCCAAUGCGGAUGUUGAGAGGCUGCACGAGGCCAAUGAUGCUCUCCAGCUGGCGAUGGAUCAGCAAAGUCAGCGACUGGAGGAGUUGCAGGAGACCCUCGCCCAGAAGGAUCGUCAACUUGAGAUCACUGUGGACUCCACCCAAAAGCUGGCCAAAUAUGAGGAAAUUCAAGUCGAAAACGAGUAUCUCCACAAGCACACAAAGCAGCUGGAGCAUGAGCUGGCCGAGAAUGGGGAGCUCAAGGAGAAGCUAAAGUCGCUGCAGUGCGAGCUGUAUGUCCUUCAGGAGCAGGUCGAGCAUCACGCCACUCAAGUGACCGAAAAGGAAAGCCAAAGUGCGACGGCCAAGGCGGAGGCAGAUCAGCUGAAGACGGCGCUGGAGGAACAGGCCCUCGAACUUACCCGCCAGCGGGAACACGCCAGUUUCGUGACCGAACAGAGCGAUGCAGUCCAGACAGAGCUGCUUCAGACUCAGCAGCACCUGCAGGAGAGACAAAGCGAGUUGGCCAAGGCCCAAGAAGAACAGAUCAGUCUUCAGGCGGCCAUUGCGGAACUCCACAAAGAGGUGGCCAGCCUCAAGGAGCAGCCUGCGUCCUCCGCUUCCGCUGCCACAGAUGCCGACAGUCUGCGCAGCCUCAACGAGCAGCUGCAGCGGGAACUGGAGGGUCUGAAACACAAGAGCAACGGCGCCGAGUCGAAUAUGCAACAGGAAAUCGAGGAACUGCAGGCGAACAACCAGCAGAUGGCCGAGCGCAUCAAUGAACUGGAGACCCUGAGGGCGGGCAUUCAAGCUCAGCAACUUCUGAACAGCAUGGCCCCCAAACACGUCCAGGAAGCGGCCGCCACCAGCGAGAAGGCCGUGCUGGAGUCCAAAUUGAAAGAGAUCAUGAAUGAGGUCCAGGAUGUGACGAAUCGAAACCUGUUCCUUGAACAAAAGUGUGAAAACUUCCUGAUACUCGAACAGUCCAACGAGCGCCUGAAGCUGCAGAAUGCGAAACUCUCGCGCCAACUGGAUGAAACACUAGUAUCCAUGCAGCACAGCGAGUCUGUGCCGGCCAACACAGAGUUUGAGUAUUUGCGCAACAUUAUGUUCCAGUACUUAACCGGCAACACGAACAACGAGACUCUGGUCAAGGUGAUAUCGGCGGUGCUGAAAUUCUCGCCACAACAAUCCCAGGUGGCCCUGGAGAAGGAGCAUCAGCGUCGAUCGUUGUUGAAUAAACUGAUCUAGCAUGAACUAAUGGCUCUCCACGACGGCGGCUGGUGGGAGCCAUGCCCAGCCACGCUUCUAGACUACAAAUUUAAUCAGAAUGGUUAGCAGCCCAAGAUCACAACAAGUACCUUAUACCUCACCCGCCCAUCCCGAAACACUGGGCAGAGCAGGCAUGAAAUAUGGCAAUGGAUUUUGGCGUCCUAGCAUUUCAUUUCCAACACGCAUACCCCACUCCGCAUAAAUAUGUAUAUGUUAUUAUUAUCGAUGUUAUUAUUGUACAGUCCUCCGUGGAACUCUAGCUACUUUUGUCUCUCCCACUGUCUGGCAUGCUAUGCACUAUUGUAUGUACAUUUCUAUUGGGAUUUACCUCUCUUCUUUCGC